UACAAUUGAUGAUAAUUUGUAGAUAGAUAACAAUAUAAAGGCCGGAUAUUGUAAUAAUAAUGUAGUAAUUAACAAGUGACUCUAGCGAUAUGACAAUGUUAAGGCAUCUAGGAUUAUUUGUGAUAUUUUCUUUGAUUGGGAGUCAUGUUUUGGCUGUGCCAAAUCCACUAACCACUCAAAGAAUAGUGGGUGGGGAACUUACCACUAUCGAGCAAUACCCUUUCCAAGUCGUUGUGCUACAGUCGUCGGACUUAAGCUUUUACACACUUACGUGUGGAGGUACCAUUAUCAAUGCGAGGUCUAUUUUGACCGCUGCCCAUUGUUUUACGUUCUUCACAGAUCCUCAGCGAUUCCAAAUCAGAGUUGGUUCUUCCUUCGCAAACAGAGGCGGUGUUGUCCACAACGUCCUUGAAAACAUCAUCCAUCCGGAUCGCAACCCUAGUAACUAUGAUAUCGACGUUGCCAUAAUGCGCUCUGCGUCUGUCAUUGUUUUCAACGAGGCCGCUCAACCUGCUCCUAUAUCGGGCCCUGGAUAUGUUAUGCCUGAUAAUUCUGAAGUUUGGGCUACUGGAUGGGGACGAACUGGUCUCUCCGAACCACCGUCCGAACAGCUCCGCCACGUACAAAUCUGGACAGUAAACCAAGCUACCUGCAGAUUGCGGUACAACGAAGUCAACUACACAGUAACGAACAACAUGAUGUGUUCCGGAUGGCUGGAUGUAGGAGGCAGGGAUCAGUGUGCUGGGGACUCUGGGGGCCCCCUCAUACACAACGGGGUGGUGGUUGGAAUAUGCUCCUGGGGGUAUAACUGCGCGCUCGCCAGGUAUCCUGGUGUGAAUGUUAGAGUGUCCAGAGUCGCUAACUGGAUUCAGGUCAAUGCUUAGUGGAUAUUUGAUACAUAGAAACAUAUUAAUAAAUGAUUCUUUAUUC